GGCAAUAUGAUAACCAAUGAGACAGGUGAUCUUCGUUCGGCUGGUGUAUAUCAAGUUCUUGAUGUUGCUUGUGGAGUUGCUAGCUUUUCUGCAUAUCUUCUUCCCUUAAAUAUACAAACCAUGUCAUUUGCUCCCAAAGAUGGCCAUGAAAAUCAAAUUCAAUUUGCUUUAGAACGCGGAAUUGGGGCUAUGAUAUCCGCUUUAGCUACAAAACAACUACCUUAUCCCAGCCACUCUUUUGAAAUGGUUCACUGUUCAACAUGUCGUGUUGAUUGGCACGAGAAUGAUGGGAUUCUACUAAAAGAAAUAAAUCGACUUCUUCGGCCAAAUGGGUAUUUUAUAUAUUCCGCUCCUCCAGCUUAUAGAAAGGACAAGGAUUAUCCAGUUAUUUGGGAUAAGUUGGUGAACAUAACUUCUAGAAUGUGCUGGAAGCUUAUUGCUAGGAAAGUUCAGACGGCAAUAUGGAUUAAAGAAGCUGAUCAAGUUUGCCUUCAAGAAAAUGCAGAGCAGAAUUUCAUAGAUAUAUGUGAUUCUGUAGAUGCUGAUGGUAUCAUAAAAGAGAAAUUUCUUUCAGAUACCCUCUAUUGGCAAGAUCAAGUUCGUGAGUAUUGGAGGUUGAUGAAUGUUAAUGAUACAGAAGUCAGAAACAUUAUGGACAUGAAUGCCCAUUAUGGCGGAUUUGCAGUUGCCUUUAGUACCUGGCCUGUGUGGGUAAUGAAUGUAGUCCCUGCUACAAUGAACAACACUUUAACGGCUAUUUAUGAAUGGGGUCUAAUUGGUGCUUUUCAUGACUGGUGUGAGCCAUUCUCAUCGUAUCCACGCACAUAUGAUCUGCUACAUGCGAGGUAUCUAUUUUCUCACUAUGGAAACUAUCAAAAUGGAUGCUUAUUGGAAGAUAUUAUGCUAGAGAUGGACCGUCUUAUACGACCUCAGGGCAUUAUUAUUAUCAGAGACAAUGAAUCCAUUAUAUCAAGAAUAAGAGAUAUAGCCCCGAAGUUCCUAUGGGAGGUUAAUUCAUUUGUACUUGAAGAUCAACAAAAGCAAUCAGAACCGGUACUAAUUUGCAAAAAGAAAUUCUGGGCAAUUGUCUAAUUAUGAUCCAAAAUGCAUAUAGGUGUGUCUUCUGAUCUUCUCAAACUUAAUAUAUAUA